GAGGAGGAGGCUUGGCUUGGGUACAGUCAGACGCAGCGCCGCGGCAUGCCAAGUGGAUCCACUCUAACGUGGCCAUCUAACAUCUCCAGCUGGCUAACCCCCCUUCUGCUUUGACCGGAUCUUCUCUGCUUCGGGAUGAUGGCUCCUCCUCACUUCCGAGGCUCACUUCCGAUGGUGGUUUUAUAACUUAGCGCAGCAUCUGUUUGAGACGAAUUUCCUGUUUUCUGCGGACUGCGGUGUCAUGCCGUACCACCGCUCACUUUUGCCUCGGGAUUUGUUGACAUGGUGUGUGCCAGGAUUCUAGUAGUUUGGAGGAGUCUUUUUAUAAUUUUUGGGGAAUAUUUCGGGUUGUGUGGAGAGAAGGAGGCUGUAUCUAGUGAAAUGAAGUUGGGUUUUUGAUUUGUUGGUGGAUCGUAGAAGGGUCGGUCUUGGGAGGGGACGAAGAAGAUUUUAGGGUUAUCGUUAUUUCUUAUAUUUUGCAUUUUGAGAUCGGUUUGGGCGACGGCAGCGUGGGUACGAUGUGGAGGAAAGAUCUAGGAUUGACAGGGGCCUUUCUGGAAGCCGCACAGUGGGAUGAAGCGGAGUUUGCGGUGACGGGAGGGGAGAGGGCGAUUGCAAUUGGCGUUUUCUUGGCCAUUCUAUCGGCUGUGGCCAAUGGUAGCUUCGCCGUCUUGUCUAAAACUCGCUCUAUUCGACGCGCCCGCGUGUCUCCUCUCAUCUUCAACUUCUGGGCUUGUUUGGGGGUGCUGCUAAGCAGUUUGCUGCUGCUGUUCAAAUACAAAUUUGUCUUCGCGUUGGAGGGUCUGCUUAGCGGCGUUUUCUUCGUGCUUUCCUUCAUCAACAUUUUCAGGGCUGUGCGGCUGCUUGGUGUCUCAGUUGCUUAUGGCAUUUGGGCUGGUACUGCCGCCAUAGUGUCGUUCAUGGCGCGUGAACUAUUUGAGGGGACAACUAAAAAUCUUUCUCUUGCGGGAUUGGCUAUCCUAGUCAUAAUUAUUGGCGUUUUAGGAGUUGCGUGGUCAGGCCAAAUGAGUUGGGAGCCACAAGAUUUUUAUGAGGAUGAUGAUCACACCCAAACACUCAUUCAGUCUCAGAGCCCAGUGGUUUUGCAGCCUUCCUUUGCAGGUUGGGUUCAACACCGCAAAUUAUGGGAUGUCGCAGGGCAGAGCAAGUCGGGUGAAAGACCUAAAAAUGUUUUGACUGGAGAACCUGCCUCACGUAGCUUUCCUGCCGGCGUGUUUUCGGCAGUCCUUGCUGGCAUAUUGGGUGGAUUAGUUAUGAUACCAGCAAAUCAGGCACCUGAUAUGGCUCAGGGUAAUGCGUUUCUACCAUCCUUUGGGAUCGCUGUGGCUAUCUUCACCCCUAUCGUGACUUCUUUGCCAUAUUUAUCAGGAUGUGAGCUUCCUGAUUUGUCUGCUCGGGAAGCAGCCGGACCGGGAAUUUUGUCUGGCUUCAUUUACAACAUCGGAAAUAUGCUGAACAUAGUAGCAAUCUUUUACGUUGGCUCUUCAGUUGCAUAUCCGUUGUUUCAGUGUGGGAUCAUUGUUGCCGGAAUUUGGGGGAUGCUUUACUUCGAGGAGUCACACGGCAACGCAUUGAUCACCUUGUGGGCUGCGGACGUCGUUUUGUUGGUCGGCAUAAUCCUACUCUCGUUAACACAUUAAAGUUCAGCUUGAACCGUUCUUCCCUCUUAAUCUAGGUCGCCACGUAUUUAGUUUGCUUUGGGAAAGUGUUCAGCACGUACUUUAAAGUAGCAUUGAGGAUUCCACUCUUUCGUUCUUUUUGUGCUUCGUGACGUAGUUUGUGUAAAGGUGUGCAAUAUCUUAGGAUUUGAUUCCGUAGUCAGCUAAUGUGUAUUAAUCCUAUAUUAAGGUGUAUGUACAUUUUGUUUUAGAUGUCCGACACACAGAAAACUUGGUGUCCAGUCUGUGUAGAUUAUACGAACUUAAGGCAUGCUCCAGCACUCUGCCAUCAAGGUUGUUAUGUGUGUCAUUAGAGUUCUUUAUACAGACUUACCUAUUGAAAAUGACCACUCCUGUAGAACCAUGUAUGUUCAAUGAAUACAGAUUAUAGAAACAUUCAUUUAAGCUGCCUUCUGCAGUCAGCUUGCGCUCUAAGAUAUCUGUCUAGAGUUGAAGCCGUGUGGAAAAGAGUAUCCAGCGAGAGUCAAAUUUCUGGCUUAAAAUAUAGAUUAUAAAGAGUACCUCGGAGUGGGUACAUUGUUUUUUGGUAAA